AAUCCGUAGCAAGACUUAAGCUGUCAAUCUACUCCGGUUCUGGCAAGUAGGCGGGACGUUCGCUCGGCUGUAGUUCCGUCAUCUCGCUCGUCUCCGAGGCUACAGGGGGCCAAUGUUGAUUUGGGCAAAUUCCCGUCGUUGUCGGACCCCGCCGAGGAUUCAUUUUUAAAAGCUGGGUUCGGUAACGAAAAGUGGCAGGCUUUUGAUUGAGAAUAUUGCAUUCCCGUCGUCGGUAUACCUGUUUUUUUUUGGGCUGGGGGAGAGGUGGGGAGCCGGGGGGCCUCGCUCGGAGGGGGCUGCAAGGAGGGACAGGAGAAGACUGAAUCCUCCGUGUUCAGGCCAAAUGCGCCGAGGUCGGCCUGGCAGUCCAGUGAAGCCCCAGCGACCGAGAUACCACAACGAUAGCUCCCCGUGGAUUUAAACUCUAGCUAUAUCAGUCGCCGGUGGUUGAUGACCGUGGAGUGAGUGAGCCCGCUGCACUAUACCGUUACCGUCUCGCCGUGGCACCCCAUCACCAGCUGUCAGGCUAUCAAAGCUCAAAACCUCGGAGUAAACGCUUGGUAACUGUUACAGCUGGAUUUAAGAAAUACCGAUCAGACCUAAUCGAGCUUAGACCGGCUUGACAAGUCUGUAGGGCGGCCAAAAAGCCACGCUUCCCCGUUGACAAGUUGUCAUCAUGGGCAACGCGCCCACGGCCAGGAAGGGCAGCGAGAUGGAAAGCGUCAAGGAGUUCCUUGCUAAAGCCAAAGAGGACUUUCUCAAGAAAUGGGAGAACCCUGCACAGAACACUGCUGGCCUGGAGCAGUUUGAGAGGUUGAAAACCCUGGGCACGGGCUCAUUUGGCCGUGUGAUGCUGGUGAAGCACAAAGAAACGGGACAGCAUUAUGCCAUGAAGAUCCUCAACAAGCAGAAGGUGGUGAAGCUCAAGCAAAUAGAGCACACUCUGAAUGAGAAGAGGAUUCUUUUACUUGAGGCUGUCAGCUUUACCAGUUUAGUGUCACUAACAGGCCCUCUGUCUUCCCUUCCCCAGGACAACACUAACCUCUACAUGGUGAUGGAAUAUGUACCAGGUGGAGAGAUGUUCUCCCAUCUACGGAGAAUUGGCAGAUUUAGUGAGCCUCACGCUCGGUUCUACGCUGCUCAGAUCGUUCUAACCUUUGAGUAUCUGCACGCUUUGGACCUGAUCUACAGAGACCUGAAACCUGAAAAUCUGCUCAUAGACCAACAGGGCUACAUACAGGUGACAGAUUUUGGCUUUGCCAAACGUGUAAAGGGCCGGACCUGGACACUGUGUGGCACCCCAGAAUAUCUGGCCCCAGAGAUUAUUCUCAGCAAGGGGUAUAACAAGGCCGUAGACUGGUGGGCGCUGGGCGUACUCGUCUAUGAAAUGGCAGCAGGGUACCCGCCUUUCUUUGCUGAUCAGCCCAUUCAGAUCUAUGAAAAGAUCGUAUCAGGGAAGGUGCGUUUCCCAUCUCACUUCAGUUCAGACCUGAAGGACCUCCUGAGGAACCUGUUACAGGUGGAUCUAACAAAACGUUACGGCAACCUCAAGAACGGGGUCAACGACAUCAAGGGACACAAAUGGUUUGCAACCACUGACUGGAUUGCCAUCUACCAGAAAAAGGUGGAAGCUCCCUUCGUCCCCAAGUUCAAAGGACCAGGCGACACCAGCAACUUUGACGACUACGAGGAGGAGGAGAUCCGUGUCUCUUUCACUGAGAAAUGUGCCAAGGAGUUUGCGGAGUUCUAGAGUUAGAGAGCGAGAGAGGAAGAAAGAAGGAAGUAGGGAAAGUCAAAGGUAGGCUGGUCAAGUGGGAGACGUGAGGAGAGAGUACUGUCUCCUGUCCAAUCACAAGCACCAGCUACAAAAAGAGGGGGGGAAAUGGGAUAGAGAAGGGAAAAAGAGCAAGGACACUGACAACCAGCAGUGUUGCCUUUUCUGUUGCGUUUCUGUUGUAUUUUAUUUAUUAUUCUGUCUUAUUUAUGGAUCCCUUUACAACGAAGGUUUGCUUCAGAUUCAUGAGUGUUGGGAACCCCACUUAUCUAGAGUUGCCUCUAGACAUUUUCACCCAAGAUCUGCCCUGCUCUUUUAUUGUUGCAUUCAUAAUUUAGUCACUUUUGGGCCAUAUCACAGAAAUCAGUCAGUCUGUUCUAAUCUCCUGCAGUCUGUUGGUCAUCACAUGAAGCCCAUUGAGUCAUACAAGUUGAGGUCUCAGUCUGCACAAAGCUUUCUUAAAUUUAAACUGAUAACCGGCUAACUUGCUCUCUCUUUUGUGAGCAAGAGGAGCAUCAAAGUGACCAUUUAAAUGAAUCACACACAUGCACGUAAAUAACUUUUAUGUUUUGCAGUCCUUUUUCUUUUAAAUAUUUAAACCUUCACCGUUUCAUAUCAUAGACGGCAUACGUCGAGUCACUGGCAUGAUUGGCCAAAAGAAAAACGUAAAGAUGAUGCAUUGUGUGCUCAAACAAGUUUCGGUCAGAGACAAAUGACACUUGUUGCUUGUAAAAAGAUAGUAGUGACACUAAUGAUAUCAUGUCAGGCUAACAAACAAGGAAAUUUGGAUAAGGGAACGUAAAUAUCUCAGUUUUAAUGGUGUUGUGAAGGAACACCAUAACAUAAUGGUAUCUCAGGUUUGAACAUAUCACUUAAUAAGACAUUUUAUCAACAUAUAGCAUUGGGAUUAGCAGGUAAAGAAGAUGUGUGCGACACUUGCUUAUGAUAUAGAUUUGGGAAUUCAAAGUUCUGGUUAGCACUAAGAGGAACGCGCGGGACUACCUUGACUUUGGGUUAGCGUAUUCCACAGUUUCCCCUUCCAGAAGAUUUGGUUUUGCUAACUCAACAUCUCUGUUUGGUAUUAAAAGCACUCACUGUCUCUGCUCAGAGCUCACUUACUAGUCAAGUUGAUGCGGCAUUUUGAAUCAACCGUUUGGCCUUUCCAACUCCAACUAAGGGAGACUAUCUGAGGCAGGCUACCUCAAACUGCUUCUGGCUGGUGGUCAACGGAGCACUUUGACCAGUCAUUGAAGGCAGUCUGGAUAGUGUGCUUUAUGGUUUUUUAUAGAGACCUGUGUUUAUGUUCAUCUCCCCAGCACCCAGCUCUCCUCUUAUCACUUGCAAAGUUGGACCACAUGUUUUAAAUGUGAAAGCAAACUCUAUUUUAAUCUCUGUGUUUACAUGCACAGUUUAAUUUAGAAUUGUAUGUGGUGGUGGUGAUGAUGGUGUAAAGUUGGAAUGGAACAAGUUUAAGAUGGUGCACCUGGAGUUGAUUAGAACUAGUACUGAGAAGAGACAAAAAUGAUCUUAGUGCACAGUAUACAAGCUGCCUGUACAGUGCAUGACACAUACAGUAUCUUUUCAAGUGUUCAAUGCCUCCUUAUAGCUCCAGAGCUAUGAUGGCAAAGGACUCAAGCAAUGCCCAAAAUGGUGGUCAUUGUAGGAUUUGGUCAUUCAGAAUUUAUAAAACAAAACAAAGUGACACUGGUGUCUGUUUCAAACAUUCAAAUGCCUUUUUCAUAGCUGUUUAAUGUGCCACCAUAAUGAAAAUAUUCUGUUUUGGUUCAGACAGGUGCUCUGGUUUUCUGCGAUUGCUUUAAAAUCCAGAUAUUUUUGAUUCACACGAGUCCUUCCUGUCCAAAACAGUUUAGAUAUGGGGAAAUAUAGUUCAAUAUGUACAGUAUAACUGUGCUGUAAUAUUACAUGGCCCCAGGUUUGAUUUAAAGACAAAUCAAUUUAUGAAUAUGCACCAUGUCAGCACAGCAUUAGAAGAAUUAAUGAAGGUCUUAAAGGGCCAUUCAUUCAGUAUUGCACUUCCAUAAAACUUGCAAGAGACGUGCAGCAGAGGCCUAGAUAUCCAAAUUUGAUGCCGUGUUCACAUCAUAUGGGAUGGACGGUAGCGAUUGGAAAGAUUACCAUGUCCACUUGUGAGCGUUGACACCAUCUGACAACUUUUCACAGGCUGAGGAGUAGUCCCCUUUACUAGUUAACUGACUUUGCAUGUAAAAUCAAUGGGGUCCAGGACCUCUCUGAUGGGGCCUCAAGAUGAGCUAAAGAAACAGGAUCCAUCUAAAGUCCCUUCAUAAUGUCAGCUGAUAUUGUGCUUUAGUAAUGUAUAUUCCUAAACAAAGUUAAUUUUACACAAAUUACCACAAACAAGCUUCCUCAGUGACCCUGGGGCUUUUGGGGACAUGGGGCCCGGGGCAGUUGCUUAGUUGGUAAUACAACCUGGCCAAUUUCCAGUAAAAAGGUUUUUGACUGAUUGGUUUUCUAUCAAAGAACUGAGUCACAUACAAGGCAACCGACUUGUGACCAAAAGGGUUCAUCCCCUCCCCUAUAUACCCCUACUUUUCACAUUCAUCUUUCUCAUUGAGAGAGGUGAAACAGCUGAAAGACAUUUCAUUGAUCACUCUGAAGUCAAAAUCAUAUUGGCAGAUAGACGGGCCUGAGCUGCAAGGUGGAUACAUACCUACUUGUAGUUGGUUAUUAUGUACUUAUUUACCAACCUUUAUUAUUAUUAUUAUUAUUAUUAUUAUUAUUAUUAUUAUUAUUAUUAUUAUUAUGGCAUUAUUGUAAACCACUUGUUGAGACUUCACAUUCGCUGUAUUUCCUCCAUGUCAAGUUUAAUGUUGACUAUAUCAUCAUGGACAAAAUGUUUGAAGUUAUGAUACAAUAUUAGUCUGUGUCUUCUCGAUGUUUUUUUGCAGUAAUACAACUUCCUCUCAAUGCAGGCACAAUGCUGGUACAUACUGUCGCACUUUUUAGGGAAAUGAGACCCCAAUGUAAACCAUGUUAACCCCCGCCACACACACAGACACACUGCAAAAGGAAGCAAGUCACGGGAACAGUGACAUAAAAACACGAUGUGUAAUAUUUUGCAACAUGAGUAUCAUUCCAAUAAAGUUUUACUUGUAAAAAUUUACUGAA